AUGCCAACCAAAAUUGGCUUUUCAUCUUUUCAUUUCGUUUCUUCCUCUGGUUCUCUCCCUUUCGUUCUCUGUCUAGUUCCCUUCUUCCCCGCUCAUUAA